AUGGCCCAUUUCACUCUCACCACCCUCGUCGCCACUACGGCCACUGCUCUUGCGCCAUUCCUCAUCGUCUACAACAUGCCUCAACAGAAGACACAGUUGUCCACCCUCUCAUCUCUCCCUAAGCCGCGCCCUUUCGCCACUCUUCGUGACGCGCGAGAGAAGGCCAAAGUCGGCUCUGAGUUCAGCCUCAUCUAA